UAGAGCGUUCUUCAAUUAUAUAAAAAUAUAGAUAAUAUUUGUGGAAAAAAAAAGAAAAAAGAAAAUAGACAAGGACCACCUUGACUCAAUUCAAAACAAUGGACUUUGACCAUUACUUUUCUCCCCCUUCCCUUCAUAAUCCUACCCCCAAACCCUUUCCACCCCCACCCACCUCACCUUUCUCAGCAAUACUUUUCAUGCUCUGAUGUCUUUGCUGAAUAAUCCCUCAUCUCCACCUUUACCCUACUUUUCAACACCCAUCUUCACACCUCCACCCCCUACCAUUUAUUAAGGAAACUCUCUUACUUCUUGCAUAUAUAGCAUCACAACCCUUCUUUCCCACCUACUACUACCACUACUAAUCAUCAUAUACUUUUCAAUCUUCCUUAUGAUCAGAUAUCAGCUAUAAAUGAGUUCUCGUGGUUGGAUUAUUCUUGAUGCAUAUAUAUCUAUAUAUAGCUAGUAGACAUGGAUUGGUUGCAUAACCAAGACGACGAUGUCUUGGCAUCAUCAUCGGCAUCAUGACCGCGAUUUUUUCCGUCUGCUAUUCAUAGAAGCUGCAGUCAGCUGCUAUAGCUAGUUCUCAUGGACUCCAUAUUUCUCCUUGGUGAAGGAGAACGUGCCGCUUUUCUCCAGCAAAUGAUGCAGUCUUUUGGUUGUGCUUACAUUUGCCUUUGGUCUUACUUACCCCCUCCAUCCAACUGCUUGCUAGCUUUGGAUGGAGUCUAUCAGGAAGUAAGCGAUCAGCCGAGCUCGUCGGCUGGAAGCCUUGCCAGGCGUCUUUUCGGUGUGUAUCGAGAAUCAGUGAUCUUUAUUGAUUCUGGGCAAAUCCCCGGUUUUGCUUUCAAGAACCAUCUUUCUUACAUGGAGUUGAAGUUGCAUGAUCUUCAGCGGAUGGCUUCCAGUGAAGCUCAGCUGCAUUUCUACCAAGAAGCUGGGAUUAAGACGGUCGUGUUUAUGGGUUGUGCCACGGGGGAGAUUGAGCUAGGCAUGUGCAAUGAUCCUCAGGUAGACCUGCAAAUUGAGAUGAAAAAUUUGUUCCCGGCCGACUUCUCUCGACAGGCCAUGUCUAGCGAGCAGCCUCCUCCCACCGAUCCGAACCAGCCUCCAUCUUCAUCUUCGUCGUCACUAAGGUCGUUAUCAGUCGACAGCACCGAGUACUCGCCUCUAUUGUUCAACAUUCCUACUUCUUCCUUCAUUCAAGAACCUUCAAAGGAAGCCCUCAACAUUGGACAAACCCUUCUCGAGGAGACGCUAAGAUCACUUCCAAUAUCGGCACCAUUGAUCACCACUAGCCCUGAUCAUCACCAAGCAGCCAUACAAGCCCUAAGCCAAAUCCGAAACGUUCAAUUCCCAACAAUAGAGAGUGAAGAUUCUGCAAUGACAAAAGCCAUUCUUGCUGUCUUAUCUUCCCCUUCCAGUACUUCCUCAUCUUGUCAUCAGCAAAUUGCACCAAACUUGCCGCCAAUCAGCCAUAGCCCAACCGCAUUCAGGAGUUAUCAGUCAGCAGCGUUAACGCCCGUUGCAGCCAGAAGUAGUCGGAAGCACAGCAUGUUUAGAAGAGCUGUUUUGUUCUUCAGAAACUUGAACUUGAGGAGAAGACAGGAACUACAAAUACAAGGAAACCGGCCCACGACAACACAGCUGCACCACAUGAUCUCGGAAAGAAGACGACGAGAAAAGCUAAACGAAAGCUUUCAAAUCCUAAGAUCAUUACUCCCUCCAGGAUCAAAGAAGGAUAAGGCUUCUGUACUUAGCAGCACAACUGAGUACCUGAGUUCAUUGAAAUCUCAAGUGGAAGAACUAAGCAAGAGAAAUCAGAUGCUGGAAUCGCAGCUCUCGGUCCAAAGAUCGGUCGAAGCUAGCAAUCAAGCUCAAGUGGAGGGCUCUUCUUCAUCAGUGGAAAGGGUGAACGUGGAGAUCAACCAGGUUUCAUCAUCAGCAUCGGAAGCAAGAUUCUUGGAUUUGAGGGUGACAGUAAGAGGAGAAAGUAGCAUGUUGGAUUUGGUCAUUCGGGUAUUGGAGUUCUUGAAACAAGAAAGGAAUGUGAUUUUGAUGUCUUUAGAAUCCAAUACCAGGAUGUUAGAAUCAAUCCCAGUGCAUGGGAUAAUGCUGAGACUGAAAAUUGAGGGAGAUGAAUUUGACGAGUCUGCUUUCCAGGAAGCAGUGAGAAGAGUUGUUGAUGACCUACCACAUUGACAGUAACCAUGCAUAUGGCCCAUAUAUACAUAUAUAUAUGGCUGCCCUUUCAUUUGAUUUUCUCUCCCACCUAAAUUAUAAUUUCCACAAUUUUGUAGCCAUUUCAAAAGAAAAUUCGUGGCUAAAAAUAUAGUUUAUAACUAGGAUUUCUUUUUUUAAUUUUGAUUUUCAUCUGACAGUAGCCAAAAAUUAUAUUUUUAGUCCGACAAAAUAGGAAUUCAACACUUUUAGUCAUCUACUUUGCGGGAUUUUCAAAAUAAACCCAAAAUCGAGAAAACUCAACACAUUUAAUCCUCUACUUUACAGGAUUUUCGAAAUGGUCCCACAAUUGAGAAAAUUCAAUACAUUUAGUCCUCUACUUUACAGGAUUUAUGGGACUAAACGUGUCAAGUUUUUUCAAUUCUCAGACUAUUUUGAAAAUCCCAAAAGGUACAGGUCUAAAUAUGUCGAAUUUUUUUAAUUUUGUGAUCAUUUUGAAAAUCUCAUAAAAUAGAGGACACAAAGUAUUGAAAAUCUCAUGAAAUAGAUAAAUAUAAUAAAUUUCUUUAGAUUAUUUGAAAGUUGUACGUAGUCUGCAGUGGAAGUGUAUUUUCGGCCAUAAAAUUUAGUUAGGGUGAGUUGUGUUUGAAUAAUAGUGUAUACAUAUACAUACACAUAUAUGUGUUAUAGUUAUUCAUUUGUUGCCGAUCU